GUCUCUGCGACGGAAGCAGGAACUUGCAAAGGACAAAACCUGCGGGGCCCGUGCGGGAGCUGCGGAACAUCCUCCAGGUCCUCGAGGGCUUCGUGAGUCCUUCCCGUGAGCGACUGAGCGGCCACUGCACCGAAGCGCAUCCGCAUCCGGGACCUCAGGGAUCUGUCUUUACCCGCAGAGAGAAAGCAAGCUUUACAGUCUCCCUGAAGCAAACUGAGACUGGGAGCAUCUUCCUUCAGCUCUGAAGAAAAUCCAAGGCUAAGGCAAAGUUCAGAAUGCUUUUCAGGGAAGAACAGAGCUUAGCUUACACUUUGCUGGUAAUUUGUUUCCUGGCGCCAAGGCUGUCCGCCAGUCAGAACUGCCUCACCGAGAGUCUAGAAGAUGUCGUCAUUGAUAUCCAGUCUUCUCUUUCGAAGGGAAUCAGAGGCAAUGAACCCACACAUACAGUAACACAGGAAGACUGCAUUAGUUCCUGCUGUUCAAUCACAAACAUAGCAGGGGAUAAAGUGUGUAACUUGAUGAUCUUCGACACUCGAAAAACAGCAAGACAGCCCAACUGCUACCUGUUUUUCUGUCCCAGUGAGGAAGCUUGUCCACUGAAACCAGCAAAAGGGCUUAUGAGCUACAGGGUUGUCAGAGAUUUUCCAUCUUUUCCCAGAGCUAAUUCACCACUCCAAGAGCUAUCACAAGAAGUUUCUCUCUUAUCUGGCCAGUCCUCACCAGCAGUCACUCCCAGAGUCCGUCCUCCCUUAGGUUAUGUAAAUCCCACUGGCCUCUUUUGGAGAGAUGAAUUUUCUCAGAAGUCUGCAUCCUCAGCUCACUUGCAGAAACUCUUCAAGAUCGGUGAAACAACAACACAGGUUCCUGUUUAUAAAGAAAAAGGCUAUUCUCAGACUUUACAGAUUUCCUCAAAACUAGAAAUGGUUCAUCUGCUGCCUAAAAAUAUAACUACCCUCUCUACCACAGCAGCUGUUGCUUCCCCCCACAGCACCUCUGCUGUUGGGAAGGAUGUGCCUCUCCCACGGGCCAGCACCUCAGAGACACCUUCUGUGACUUUACCUCAGCAGGUGGCCACCACAGGUGCAGGUGCAGCCACUGCGACCUCUCAGCCACCAGACACCCCUGUGUCUCCAAGUUUUACACAUGCCCCAGUUAUACACCAAGCAGUUUUGACCACCAUUUUUCAGAUACCUUCAGACUUGGGCAUCCAAGAGAACGUGCCCUUUGGAGGCGUCUCUAAGCUAACUUCAGAUGAGGGACUCAAGCAGAGCUCUGCUGCUCUUACUUUGUCAAACUUGGAAUCUUCUGCUAGCAACAGGUCUGCUCUAGAGAAUGGGAGGGCCAGUGUAGGCAGCUCAUCACCGAGCAAGGUUCCAGAAAGCCAACAUGCCCUUCCAUUUGAGAAGUGGCUUCUCAUGGGGACCCUCCUCUUUGGUGUUCUGUUCCUGAUAAUAGGCCUUGUCCUCUUGGGUAAGAUGCUCGCAGAAUCCCUCCGGAGGAAACGGUACUCACGACUUGAUUACUUGAUCAAUGGGAUCUAUGUGGACAUCUAAGGACAAAUUAAGUAUUUCUUAGUUCAUUUACUAACUCAAUGUUAAGUGCACUGAGUUUCUUCUGACUCAGUAGGAGUCAUAUUUCAAAGACAGGAGAGUGCCUCCAACACUUUAUUCUUUUUCUUUUGAGACAGGUUUUCUUGUAGCCCAGGCUAGCCUCGAACUCCUGCUCCUCCUGUCUCUGCCUCCCAGGCCGAGGUUACCACAUGUGCACUACCAUGCAUGGCUUUAAAUUUUUUUUUAAAUUAGGGGCUGGAGAGAUGGCUUAGCAGUUAACAGCACUGACUGCUCUUCCAGAGGACCUGGGUUCUGUUCCCAGCACCCAGAUGGUGUCUAAUAACC